CUGCCGCCACCAUGUACGCAGUGUCUGGUAAUCUCCUUUACUGUCCGCAGUCUCUGGUUAUCCCCUGCACUGUCUGCAGUCUCUGGUCAUCUGUACUAUGUCCGCAGUCUCUGGUCAUUCCCUGUACUAUGUCCGCUGUCUCUGGUCAUCUCCUGUAUUGUGUCCGCAGUCUCUAGUCAUCUCCUGUACUAUGUCCGCAGUCUCUGGUCAUCUCCUGUACUGUGUCCGCAGUCUCUGGUCAUCUCCUGUAUUGUGUCCGCAGUCUCUAGUCAUCUCCUGUACUAUGUCCGCAGUCUCUGGUCAUCUCCUGUACUAUGUCCGCAGUCUCUGGUCAUCUCCUGUACUGUGUCCGCAGUCUCUGGUCAUCUCCUGUACGAUGUCUGUAGUCUCUGGUCAUCUCCUGUACUGUGUCCGCUGUCUCUGGUCAUCUCCUGUACUAUGUCCGCAGUCUCUGGUCAUCUCCUGUACUGUGUCCGCAGUCUCUGGUCAUCUCCUGUACUGUGUCCGCAGUCUCUGGUCACCUCCUGUACUGUGUCCGCAGUCUCUGGUCAUCUCCUGUACUGUGUCCGCAGUCUCUGGUCAUCUCCUGUACUGUGUCCGCAGUCUCUGGUCAUCUCC